AUGUUCGGUCUAUUGGCUUUACUAGCCACAUCGACGAUGGUAUCAGCGCAAACAUGCGACCUCCCCUCGACUUAUCGCUGGAGCUCUACUGGUUCACUAGCAAAUCCGAAGUCAGGUUGGGUUUCGCUCAAAGACUUUACCGUCGUCAACUACAACGGAAAGAAACUUGUAUAUGCAACGAACCAUGAUACCGGAACAAAAUGGGGCUCGAUGAACUUUGAUCUAUUCAACAAUUGGUCUGAUAUGGCCUCCACCCCCCAGAACUCGAUGACUUUCGCCGUGGUAGCACCAACGCUCUUUUACUUUGCACCUAAGAGUAUCUGGGUGCUCGCAUACCAGUGGGGACCGACUGCAUUUUCUUACCGCACUGCCACAGAUCCAUCCAAAGCGAAUGGAUGGUCAUCCGUGCAGCCGUUGUUUUCUGGAACCAUCUCCGGAUCGAGCACAGGUCCCAUUGACCAAACACUUAUCGGCGACAGCGACAACAUGUAUCUUUUCUUCGCAGGGGAUAACGGUAAGAUCUAUAGGGCCAGUAUGCCAAUUGGAAACUUCCCGGGCAACUUCGGUACAUCGUCUACAGUGGUCAUGACAGACUCAACGAACAAUCUCUUCGAGGCUGUGCAAGUCUACACACUACAAGGGCAAAAGAAGUACCUCAUGAUUGUUGAGGCAAUUGGUGCCAACGGUCGAUACUUCCGAUCAUUCACUGCCACCAGUCUGGGUGGUAGCUGGACACCGCAGGCCGCGACGGAAGGCAAUGCUUUUGCCAGCAAGGCCAACAGUGGUGCUACAUGGACGAAUGACAUUAGCCACGGCGAUUUGUUCCGCAGCAACCCAGAUCAGACAAUGACAGUAGAUCCCUGCAAUCUUCAGUUGCUCUAUCAGGGGCGAGCACCUGGGUCCGGUGGUGAUUACGGUCUGCUGCCAUACAGGCCAGGUGUGUUGACACUACAGCGUUAG